GAGAUUUGCCAGCAAACGGGGAUGCGGAGCCUGCGCACCACCGUGCAGAUGGAAUCCCUUUCUCCUCUCUCCCACCACCAUUUCUGCUAUUCCAACGCCUCUGCAGGGGCAAGGGGCCUAAAGCCCAGAUUCUAUCUUCCUCCAUCGAAGGAUCCUCGUCUUCUUCGCACCUUUCCUUCGUCCCCCUCCCUCCCUUUCUUCAUCGACUCCAGAUUCUUCUGGAAGAAUUCGGGUGUCCGUGACUUCAUUGCCUUGAGCUCACUUUCUGGCCAAGACCCACCUCAAGAGCUCGCUCUUCUUCUUGAAGUUGAAGGGGUCCUUGUGGAUGCCUACCGGCUGGCUAAUCGCCAGGCCUUCAAUUUGGCAUUUCGAAAGCUUGGGCUUGACUGUGCGAAUUGGACCGAGCCUGUCUACCUAGACCUCGUAAGGAAAAGUGCUGCUGAUGAAGAAAGGAUGCUGAUUCUAUAUUUUAACCGCAUUGGUUGGCCUACUUCACUGCCCACUAGUGAGAAGAGUUCGUUUGUGAAAAGUGUCUUGCGAGAGAAGAAACAUGCGAUGGAUGAACUUAUGAUGUCCAAAGAUUUACCUUUGCGACCUGGAAUUCAAGAUUUUAUUGAUAAUGCAUGGGAUGAAGGUAUACCUGUGCUCAUCAUGACUGCAUACAGUAGAAGCGGGGAUAAAAUUGCCAGGUCAGUUGCUGAAAAGCUUGGCCAGGAAAGGUUUUCCAAAGUCAAGAUUGUAGGCCCAGCAGAGGUUGAACAGAGUCUCUAUGGGCAACUAGUGCUUGGCAAAGGAGUGUCUUCAGGGUUGGAUGAGAUGCUGGCUAAGGAAGUGGCCAAGGCAGCUUCUGCAGAGAAACAAAGAAUAGCAAAGGAGGUUGCUUCCAUGCUAAAAUUGAGUGUAGAGAUUGAUACCACCUCAUCUGAAAGCUUAGAGAAGAUUGUAGUUGCAUUGCGUGCUGGUGCCGAAUUUGCGGGGGUUCCUGUCUGCAGAUGUAUCCUUGUAGCAGGAAGUCAAUCUGGUGUGGCUGCGGCUGAGAGAAUCGGUAUGCCAUGUGUUGUUGUACGGAGCAGUUUGACUUCCAGAGCGGAGUUUCCAUCAGCUAAGGCAGUUAUGGAUGGUUUUGGAGGUGCAGAUCUGACCAUCUCUAAGUUGAUAGGCAGAAAAUGGUCAUGAAGGUUCACGAAGGUUUUGCAGCUAAUCAACAUUAGAACGCUUUGAGUUUAUUGAGGUUGUAUUCAUAUAUAUUGAUACUUGCUACUUUAGUCAGGAAAGAGAGGGACGUGGGACAUAUGUUGCAAAGCUGUGGUUCAUUUUCUCUGUAAUUACUCUUAACAUCAGUUGGUGCACUGCCGAUCUGUCUAUAAGCUGUCUGUCGAUACAUAGGUACACAGAGUUUGACCCUUAAGGAUUGUUGGAUUGGUUGAGUUGUUUAUUGCUUGAAUUCAAGGGUGUUAAAAUCACUGCAUCA